AUGCUCCAUCACCACCGCGCCUCCCAGCACACCACCCUAUCCUCCACGACACCAUCAACAACCACAUCCGCAUCCAGCCGCUCCCCCGUCUCAAUAACCUACCCAAUCGACUCCACUCGCAAAGUAACCAUGCAACUCGACUUCCUCGACGCUGUGCACUACACCCUCGCCGAAUGCCAAACCUGGCUCCGCGACCGCCAACUUUCCCUCGAGCGCACAGAAACCCACGCCCUCGAGCGCCGCUGGGCCAAAUCCCGCGCCCACCGCCUGCUCCUCGGCCGCUGCACCAUCGCCGGCGCGCCCAUCGACGACGCCAUCCUCUACUGCUUACGGCGGUCGAAUGCGCAUUUCAAAAACAACCCGUACGGCCUGUCGUCGGCGCCGUAUUGGGCGAUUGCGGUCAGCAUGUUGUUGUGGAGUCUUACGAAUUUGGUGAAUGGGUUUCUGGACGGGUUUGAGGUGUAUGCGAAGUAUCCGAAGGCGAAGUGUUUGACGGGGUUUAUGAGUGCGUUGCCCGGAGUGUGGAUGUUUAUCUUGUUUUUGAAACCGGCGUUGAUUGCGAAUGUCAAGGACCAGUAUGCGGCUAUGGGGCAUAUUAUUUGA